AUGGCGAAGAGAUUCGAGCGGUCUCUAGCUGCGGCCACCGACCCGAACUCGCUGGACACCGACUGGGAUGCGGUCCUGGAUUGUGUCGACCAGAUUCGAGGCGGCGAGACAAAGGCCCGCGAGGGAAUGUCCACCGUCCUCAAGCGCCUCGCCAGCGACAACCCGCACGUUCAGCUUCACUGUUUGAUCCUUUUGGAAGCGAUGGUGAAGAAUUGCGGCAAGAAGGUUCAUUCCGAAUUGGCCACUCGUGAAUUCAUGGAAGGCGUGAAGAAUCUGGCGAUUGAGGCCAAAGCCGAGAAAGUCAAGAACAAGGUGCUCGAGCUACUGCAAUGUUGGGCGAUGGCGUUUGCGAACAAGCAGGAGUACAAGAUUGUCGUCGACACGCACAACCUGAUGAAGCUGGCCGGUUUCGACUUCCCAUCAGUGAAAGAAUCCGACGCUAUGUUUGCUGCCCAGGUGGCCCCAGAAUGGGAAGACGGUCCCAAUUGUUUCCGUUGUCGUAACGAAUUCGGCUUCUUGACCCGGAAACACCACUGUCGGGCGUGCGGCCAAAUUUUCUGCGCCGGUUGCAGCAGCAAGGAGAUGCUCUUGCCUCAAUACGGUAUUGAAAAGCCGGUCCGCGUCUGCGACGGCUGCUUCGAGAAGGGCAUCGGCGUGCCCCUCGGCAAGCAGGCGAGUUCAACGUCACGGGGCAAGACUGUCUUUCCCGCUGUCCGUGAACGGGAAGAUUUGGCGUAUCUGAACCUGGAGAGCCGGAGCCCGGGCCAGCAAGUUUCGAGCCGCCGCGAGCUGCCCUCUGGCCGACGUCGCGCGGCUUCAACGAAUCGGGAGCCAAGCCUUUUCAAGAACGUCUUGCGUGGCCUGUUUGGGCUGAAACAGCCGGAGGAACAACCGGCUACAACAGCCCCUCAAACUGCCGAUCCGGAGAAUGAAGAGCGGGAGCGCCAGGCACGCCUGCAGCGAGAGAAGGACGAGGAGGAAUACCAGCUGCAGAUGGCGAUGGCGAUUUCGCAAAGUGAAGCCGAAGCAAAGGAAAAGGAGCGCGCUACCAGCCUGUACAGCUUCUACAACGGCGUCAAGGACCAAAGCGUCAACUCUCCGAUGUCGACGCUCAAUGACUCUGCCUCGAUCGCCCCGUCGGAGAAUAUUGGCAUCUACAAGGGAGCCGCCGAUGUCGUGCGAGAAUCACCAUCUGAAAACUCGCUGAAUGCCGACGAUCCCCUGGCUCGCUACCUGAACCGCGACUACUGGCAGCAGAGGAAGGAAAAUGCCGACGAAAAGGUGGAAAACUGGGAGUUCAACCCUUCGGCGCCACUCCCGAGCGAGCCUUCCCUCGGCGGCGGUUCGUGUGCCCCAACGAUUCGCGGCAGUCCAACGAAGGAUUAUGUUUACCCUGUUUCCGCCGAGCCCAGUGCCGACGACGACACGCUGCGCAAGGUCGAAGAGACCAAGAAGUUUUGUGCGGAUGUCAACGAGCAGGUAUAUUUUGUG